CCUUCCCAGAGUAAUAGUCGCUGCUUCUGAUGCCAAUAAGUCAAUUCAAUUCAGUUUAAUGAGCAUGAAAAUAUAUGAUAAAGAAGAAGAAGAAGAAAAGGAAAAGAAAAGAUGUAUAGAAUGAGAGAAAAACCCAAGUCAUCGACUUCCCGAUCAGGUUAGAGGGUAGUUGACGUAGCGGUGACUAGUAUACAGUCGAUAUUUUCCACGAUUUCUCUUCUCCAGAUAACAUAUCCUUAUCGCGAAAAUGGUACAAACAACAAACGAGACACUGUAUAACGAGUGUAUCUCAUGUGGGAUUGGAUUCGGGGGUCAGUUCAGAGCAAGUACGUUUGAUGGCAUCUACAUGUCCGGUUCUAACAUGACCUAGUAUACAAAACCCCCAAUGGUGCUCGUUUCUCCGGAAUUGGCCAGCAUAGGGACUGUUCCUUUGAUUUUGUCAUCCCUACUGACCAAGAUGCGACAGAGCAUAUAAUGGGCGAUGAUUAUAUCGAGAUAUCGCGCUCCACUAAUAUCUUAGGGAAAAGUCCAUUUGUGUUUCACGAGGCAUUUCUUUUCCAUACUGUGUCCUGGGAUCUUUGGACAGAGCAUUUCGCCCCUGGAGAGCUCAACCUGGAUCGACUUUUUGAGGUCUGCAAAAUGGAGCCACGUUGGAGACGCAACGCCGGUCUGCUUUCCCCUCUUUAUUCCAGGUCAAGGACUAACGUCCCAUAGGUAGUUUGAUGGAUCCUACCAAGAUACCGAGUGUGCAGCUGCUGACAAGACGUGAGUGAUGAUCUUUCGACUGAGUGUUCUGGCUGACGUUGAAUAGGGAUACAGAAUGGUUCUCAAAGCAGCCUGAUUGGACAGGUUCUCUGGCCAGAUUAGGAUACAUGGAUAUAUGUCCCUUAGAAAGUUAUGCUGCCUAAUAUGAAUAAUGAUAGUUGUCUGACACGCCCAGGCUCAGUAUGACAUCUCGC